GACGUGUUUAUAAUACACAAAGUUGCCUCACCUUUCCUUCUCCUAUACACCAGACAUCUUCACCUCUACUCUUACUUAUCCUGCCAUCUCUUCAUAGUGUACUACGUAGUGUAUGUCCACAAUGGCAUUGUCACGCUCAACUCAGCCGCUUAAAGCUCUUUACAUAAUAUACUUUACUUUGAAACUUCCAUUUAUAUUAAUCUCACUUAUAAUAUAUUAUACUAUCCCCUCAUUACGACCUAUAAGACAAUGGAGCAUAAGAACAAGUGUAGCCACUUACAUUAUACGCAUAUUUUUCAACCUCGUGUCGGUAAUUGGUCUUUCGAGCCUUCGACCCCUAACUCCAGAGAAGGCUAAAGAACGGUUUGCCUAUAUCGAACCCGGUGACGACAAGCUUUACUCCGGCGUCUUAUCCCCAGCAGCUAUCAAGCCGGUGCCCUUAAAAGGACUUUGGGAUGCGAGUCUAGGUGGUCCAGUAACCAUUGACAAGUCAAAGGUCCUCCUUCUUUUCCCUGGAGGUGCCUUUGUUUUUGCUUUCGAUCCUUACGAGGGGUCCAACAUCGUCUCGGAUCUAGUGAGACGUGUUCCAGGGGCCAGGGUAUUCCUCGCCCAAUAUCGACUUGCCACCUCCCCCGCCGGUCGAUUUCCAGCCGCAAUCCAAGACGCCCUUACCUUUUACAACUACAUACUAGACCUCGGCAUCGAUCCGAAAGACAUCGUUUUCUUAGGAGACUCGGCUGGAGGCAACGUUGCCGUGGGAUUAUUAAGAUACCUAGAGGAAAGUCAAAAGCUUCCACUACCAGGCGGUGUGCUGGCAUACUCGCCAUGGGUUCACGUAACCAACGAUUCCAAGAGGCAAUACGGAGACUCUCCUAAGCUACGGACCGACUGCAUCAACUACCCCGUCCUCCAGACCGGAUACGACAAGUACAUCCCCGAAGGUGGAAUGACACCGGAGGUAGCGCCGUACUUUUCCCCUAUGACGCACCCAUUCAGGACGAGCGUGCCGGUAUAUAUCCAAGCCGGGGAAGCUGAAGUUUUCUACGACGAAAACAAGCAAUUCGCAGAGGCAAUGGAGAGAAUAGAAGGCAACAAGGUGAAAUUCCACACGAUAAAGCACGCACCACACGACCUCAUCCUAUCGCAUAGGAUGGUCGGCUUAACAGCUGAGGCGACCGCCUCGGUCGAGGACGCCAUAGCCUUUGUUACCAAGAACGUCGAUUGAAAAGGGCAGACAUGUGAUAGACAUAGGCCAAGAUGUUAUGUAGGUAGAUGCAUUGACGAUAGAGGCCACCCCGCCCGUCGGGCCUUUUCAGGGCAUGCACGUAACACGAUGCAGACGCUCAGACUCGAGAUCACUCGUUUUUGAUGGAGCAAGCUCGGGGAAUUUUUAAUGGUUUAAUGAUAAUGACGAAUACGGAAUAUUGCCAAGGUGAUACAUACGGAAUAGGUAGGAUGGUGUUAGGGAUGCCACGUGGUUUAACCCCUGUAAAUAGCUUCAGUUUACAUACAUUGGCUAGGUAGCCAAGGUGUCUUUUUUACUACGCCGCAGGCUAAUCUUGGUUCUAAUCUACUAUGUAACGACUUGAGUUAUUUUUCGCCCACAUCAGUUAUUGGUUAUAGCGCACACUAUGUAAAGAUGGGUUGUAAAUG